AGCCCCCGUGGGCUGCGGCCGCCCGAAGCCGGGCCGUCCCGCCGGCCGCAGCGCGCCCCGGGGCGGGAGGGAGGCGCGGCCGCUCCGCAGCCCAGAGUGCCUCUGUUCAAAGAGACAGUGAUGUACCAGGAAUACACAAGGUGUUAGAGACCACCACCAUUCACAGAGACUAAGCAAAGCUUUGGCUCAAAAGGAAUAAAAAGUGACCAUGGCAGAAUUUACAGGUUACAAAGAAACCUCCAAUCGGCACCUACGAUUCAAACUGCAGAGUCUGAGUCGCCGCCUGGAUGAGCUGGAAGAAGCCAUCAAAAACCUGCAGAAAGCAGAGGAUGAGCUGCUUGACCUCCAGGACAAAGUUAUCCAGGCAGAAGGCAGCAACUCCAGCAUGCUGGCUGAUGUGGAAGCCCUGCGGAAGAGGGUGCUCAAGAUCGAGGGCAAGGAUGAAGAAAUCAGGAAAGCUGAAGAGCUUUGUCGUGUCAUGAAAGAAAAACUUGAAGAGGAAGAGAGCCUCACCCGAGAGCUGAAGUCACAAAUUGAACACCUUCAGAGGAGAAUGGCAGAGCUGGAGAAGCUGGAGGAGGCCUUUGGCAGGAGCAAGAAUGACUGUACACAGCUGUGUCUCAGCCUGAACGAAGAAAAGAACUUGACCAAAAAGAUAUCAACGGAACUGGAAAUCCUUAGAGUGAAAGUGAAAGAACUGGAGGCAUCUGAGGACAGGCUGGAUAAAACUGAGCAGAGCCUAACAGGGGAGUUAGAAAAACUGAAAUCCCUGGCACUGAGCUUUGUCACUGAAAGGAAACAUUUCAAUGAAAGAGAAAAGCAGAAUGAGAAAAUAAUCCAGGAGCUAACGCAGAAACUAGAACAAAACAACAAACUCAACAGGGCAGAUCAAACUAGAAAUGCAUCCAACUUGCUGGAAAGGUCAUCAAACAGUCUCCUGGACAGAAAUGAUUGGAGAAUUGAAGAUGACUUGACUUCUGCGUUGCCCUCGAAGGAGACCAGGAGGAAAGGAAGCGUGGAUUACCUGAAACACGUAGAGAAUGAAAGCAGGAAUAAAUCAGAGAACCAAAAGAACAGAAAUCAGGAGGACAACAAAGUGAAAGAUCUCACCCAAGAAAUUGAGAAGCUUAAAACUCAGAUCAAACGUUUUGAAUCUUUAGAAGAAGAGCUUAAAAAGAUGAGAGCCAAAAACAACGACCUGCAGGACAGUUACUUGAGUGAACAGAAUAAAAACAAACUCUUAACGGGUCAGCUGGAGGAAAUCAAAAUGCAGAUAAAGAAACAGAAAGAGCUGGAGAAUGGAGAGGUUGACAAUGAAGACACAAGCUUUUCCAGCAGGGGAAAGCACGACAGGCCGAAGUACAGAGGUGUCACAGCUGAUUUGACAGCUGCCAAGCACAAACCAAGGGAGCUUUCGCCCCAGCAGCGCCGGGAAAGAGCGAGGAACAGAGAUUUCUCUGUCAGUAAUGACAGCUAUAGCCAUGGUAGGCAGGUGCCCAGUCCGAGCUUAGUGAGCAGAAAAGGAGGAAAAGCAUCUGGUGCAUCUGCCCUUUCGGAUGCUGCUGUCACAGAUAGCAAGAGACAGGAAGAAAAGCCUUUAGUUGGCGCUUUUCCUGCUGGUCAGAGGGAAGGCUGCGUCACGCAGAGCGAAGGGAGGAGAUGCAAAGAGCAGCCGUCUGUCCUCAGCCGCUAUCCUCCCGCUGCACAGGAGCAGAAGGCUUGGAAAGCACCUUCCAAACACGUUGCUGACUCAGGCCUGAGGUCCAAGGCAGAAAAGCCGCCUCAGGUCCUCCGUGGCAGCUGCCAAAGCGGCGCUGACACCCGGGAUGAGAAAAGCAAAGGGGAGUCGGUGGCUUCUUUGGCUGAGAAGCUGAAAACGGGUCAGGCAGAAGUCAGUGACUGCUCAGUGCUCACCAGGGGCAACCACAGCUCGUCCAACGGCACAGCUUCAGCAUACAGGUACCACCUCUCCUCCCAUCCUUCGGCCUCGGACUCCACUGGCUCUAAAGCAGAGGCAGUGAACACUUUUGCUGCCUCACACAGACAGCCCUCGGAAGGGAGGGCUAAAAGAGCAAUAACCUCCCAGGAAAAAGAAUUCCCAGACACAUCCCUCGACAGUGCAAAGCCUUUGACGCUCACCAAGCGUUGCCAUCGCUCCAGGAGUCAGGAGGACAUCUUGGAGAUUCUCACAGGCCUUGACAAAGAUGACACAGAGCAGUCUUCAACUUCAGCAACUGAUGAUGGCUUAAAAACGGACUCCAAAAGCAUCCAAAGUCACCAGGAAAAACUUAAUUCAGAUGAAGAAUUAGGAAGAAACAAGAAACCAACCACUCAGCCGGAUUUUGAGACGAGAAAGAAAGUCGGUUCCAAGCAGAUCUCCAAUUCCAGGGGAGUUUAUAGAGCAUCACUGUUUGAAAAUGACAAAAACACUGUAACUGAUGAAGACUCCACCAAGUGCAUAAAACCAUCUGAUGCCAGCACUGGAGGAUUGAAGUCCAGAAGGUCGUUCAGCCCAAGAGAAGCUCUGAGAUCAAAAGCUGUCAUUAAACCUGCAAUUGUCGAGAAGGACAUGAAGGCAGUCAUGGGAGGGACUGUUCCUGAGGCAGAGUCAGAAAAACAGAAGGCUGUUUAUAAACUAGUAACAAAUAAAAUGACAAGCAGCAUCACAAUCUUCCCUUCUGAGCCAACAGCUCCAAGGGCCAGUGCAGAUACAGGAGCAAAGGAAAGGCACAUUGCCACCAGCAACAUCAAAGUUGCUCCGAAUGAGCCUUUACCAGUAACAAACAAUCUCCCCACACCCUUUGAGAUAUCGAUUAACAAAAGUGCUCUGAAACUAUCUGAACUGGAUGGAACUGGAGAGGCAGUGCCCAGAAGUAAAGCAGAAACAAUAGUCUCCAGAAGCAGCAUCGUGAUCAAGACUUCUGAACUCACAGAGAGGAACAGUGAGCUUCCUUCAGAGACAGUGAGCUGGAAGAGCCAUGGCUCUUCAGAUGCAGCUUCAUGUGAAACAAAGCACGUCACUGUGAGGAGUUCCUGGAGGACAAGGCAAGGCUUACACUCCCUGGAGGACUCUCAAGCCAAAGUGGAGAGAAGUGCAGCUUCCAGUACUCCAAACAUGUGUAGGUCCUCAGUGGACCUCUCAGAAAUGGAAGGGAAUGGUGCAAGGACAAACUCCAUGGAGCAGACCUCAGCCAGGCCCAGUGCCACAGCUAAUUCCUGGAGUGGCCCCGAGCUGGGCUCCCGAAGGACCAAAAGCAACUUAAGUGCAUCUGAACUGCAACCACGCAGGAGCUGUGCAAGUGAUGCUGCAGCUGCCUCUGCUUGGCACAGGCCCACACUACCUGAUGAAAGCAAAGAUUUUGUACCCAGUUCCAGAAGGAAACAAUGUGGCUCUUCUGAGUACCUCUCCCAGCCUGACACCCCAGGGAAAAGGCCACCCAAGAUGGAGCUGCAGGACCCUGAAUCCAACCCCCACACGCCACUGGGUCUCCAUGGGGAGGAGCAGGGUGCUUCCCGUGCCUGCCGGACAACGUCUCGGAGAUGAGCUGUAUUCCCUCCCACUCAGUGAAGACGCUGCACUGUGGAGCAAGAGGCAGGACAGAACCAGGCUCUCGGGCAUCACACCUGUUUGUAAGCUCUCCAGAGGCUUCAGCUACCCUGAAACCAGUUUUUUAAUGCAAUGUGCAAGGUACAGGAGCUUUGCCAGUGAAUUCUUUUUCUUUGUUGCUGAAGACGCAGCUGCAGAGACGUUGCUCAGGGGAUUUCCAACUUCUCUUCUCUGUACCUGCAAUCUUAAUCUUCUCCAUAGGGUUACAGAUCUGUCUCCAUAUGGAGACCUUGACUGCAUGACCACUCUGAACAAUGGUACUCCCUGGACAAGAGAGAGCUUCUUGUUAAUCACUUGCAUUUAGACAAGAUCCUAGAAGUAUCCCUGUGACUCCAGUCCACCAGCCCGUGACAGCUCUCCUACACGGCUCCACAACCGAGAGCUUUCAGUUCCUAGGGAGUUUGCAUUCUCCUAUUACACCCUUGGCUUGGGUUGCAGUCACCUCAGUCCCUGUGCUCCCAUCACUCUCUGCCUCUAGGCAGGAGGAAGCCAUUCUCCACCGCUUGCUUCACAUUUCAGGAGGGAAGGAGAGCAGAAAAUGUUUAGAAGCAGUUUCUUCCCUGUUGCUGUCAGUCUCUGCCACAAGCUUUGCAUGACCUACUUAUCACCAGCUGAGAUCUUGCACCAAGAAGUCAUCCACUGAGCCAAACCAACAGCAGUUUCUGCAGCUCCAAAACUUCCUGACUGGGGUGCUUUUUUACCUGGAGCUUUGUGUCUGUCACUCUCUGCAGGCAACAGCUCUGCUGCUCUGCUGUUCUCAGCAGUUGAGCUCCAAGGCAAGAAGAAACAAGUGCUUUUCCACCACACAAGCAGAAUGUGCUUGCUCCUCCUAAAACCAGGGUGAAGACAGCAGGACUGGACCCUAAGCUGAGCUCUACUAUGGCUGCCUAGGCAGCCUGGGGCUGCCCCUCAUCAGAACCACCCCGUCAGCCCUGUCUGGGUCCCAGCUGUGGUCAGAGGCUGCUUUGGAGGUACGUUACCCUCAGUGCCCAGAGGCCUUCGAGGGCAGAUGCAGCUCCAAGGGGUGCUCAAGUGUUGGAGCAGCAUCUGCCCCAAGCUGGGCGAUGGCUUGGGCUCCUCUGCCCCUCAGCCAGGCCUCCCUUCCAUCCUGCCACACAGCCCAGGGCUGUCCCCACACGUGUCUUGCUCCACAUGCCACCAGCUUUCCUUGGGGCUUUCUCCUGCCUGUUGCAAAGAGCCAUUCCUCUCUGCAGAGGGAUGAGGACAAAGCUGCAGAAGGGAAAGGGUCCCUGGUCUGUCUUGGAAGUGCUGCAGGAACAGCUGUGACACAGUGAGGCCCCUGUCCAAGUUGCACCCCACACAUUCCCACUUCCCAUCUCCCAGGCAAGCAGUGGCUAUGUGACUGACCCUACACACACAUCAACAGCCCCCAUCUCCUCCCUGUCCCUUGGAAUUAUAUGCCUCAAUUCUGAGAGGCAAAUGAAUCAAAAAAACAGAGCUGCUUGGAAAAUAUGGAUGAAAACAUUUAUCUAAACAGGAGAGUGUUUCAAACCCCACCUGGAUGAGCUCCUGUGUGACCUGCUCGAGGUGGUGCUGCAUGGCAGGGGGUUGCACUGGAUGAGCUUUCCAGGUCCCUUCCAGCCCUUGAGAUCCUGUAAGAGAAAAAUUAUAUUUGAAGAAAGGUGUUUCCUUCCUUCUGCAAUUUUUAGUUGGUUUCCAAUAUUUCUGUUUUCUAACCCUUCAUUUUCUCUUUUCUGUUGUGACCUGUUUGUGUGUCGAGCUGUGUAGCCAGAGAGAGAGAACUGCUGUUCAGUUAGUUCUGUGGCAGCUCUGAUCAUCCUUUAAAUUAAAUUACAUGAAAAUAAAUUACAUCCAGUGCUCUCCCUCAACCAUUUCAUAACACAAAAGUGCUGGUAGGGAAUGGGAUAAAUCUAUCAGGUACAAUGGGAAACAAUGUUAAACUCCAAAUGCAAACUAAAUGGGACAAGCUGAAGUUAGCUCAAGAGUGCUGAAAUGCCUCCCCCUGCCCUACAUUCAUCACCAAGUACUGGCAACUAGUGCAGAUUUUGCAAUCUGAAACCAUGAGGGAUUGUUUGCUCUUGUGAAAUUGCAGCAGGCACACUGAGCACCCAGCUUUGCUCAGAGGUUAACUGUAUGGCAAGAUCAAUCCCUGCAGCCACUCCAGGGCUGAUGGCCAGACCUGCAGCCUGACCACACUGCAGCAGUGCUCUGGGGUUGUCUUGCUUGACAGCCUCUGGAUGCUACAUCCUGAUGCUUUCCCCCUUAUUUUCAUGUUAAAGAAAAGAUUUCCUUUCAAAAUUAAACGUGCUGCCUCAGGUUCUGUUCUCUCUGUUGCAUGGGAGAUGCUGCUGCAACCCUCGAGCCUGUGCAGCUGCUCUGCAGCCCCUGCCUGCUCUGCCCAGGAGCUUGCAUGGGGAGGCAUCUUGGCACAUCCUCACCUCUUCAGACACCACAGUAAUUGUUUACCUCCAUUUACAUUCCCAAACCUGCUGCUAAGCAGCUCUCCAGCCCUGUUACAGACACUGUGACAGGACAGUGCUGGAGGGAGCAGCAGCGUGUCGGAGCAGCCCUGGUGCAGUGUCACCUGCAGCCAGACAGCACCAAGAGGACCAGGGCCACUUUGAGCAGUAGCUGUGUGGCUUUCCUCCCACUGAUGAGCCUCUCUUGGGUGCUGUAGGCAUCUGCCAGCCCUCUCUUGCCAUGGAUCCACCUUACCCUGGUGCAUCCAAAGCUCCUUCCAAGGGGACUGAUGCAGUUGCCUGCGACACGCCAGGCUGGGGUAACACAGGCUUCCCUCUGCCUACCCACAGAACUGGCUUAGCCAGCAGGUUUCUGAAGACCACAGCUCACCCCCACAUCACAACACCCUGUCUGAAGUGCAAGGGGAAAACCAGCAGCAGCAAGAGCUGUUGGUUUUCCCCUUCUGUCAGCCAGGUCUCGGCUUUUCCUUAGCCAGGGCAACCAGAGGGCUUCACCCUGCUGCUGAGCCAGCUUGCAGGAGCCCCAGCUACCGACCCACCAAUGCAGCUCCUCUGGCACUGUCUGCUCUCCUCAGGUGCUUCUCACAGGUGAUGUCUCUCCUUUCUCCAGCUGCCUCAGAAUAUUUCACAGCUCAUACCAUGAACUCUUGCUCUAGACUCAGUCUCACUGCUUGUAAAUAAUGAAACACAGAUGUCACUCAGUAACUGUACACAGGGUUGUUUUUACCACAACUGAGAUUAAACCUGAGAAACAAAAACCCAUCUUAAAAUUGAAAGGGGCCAUGCCCUCUAAUGGUGAGUGCAAUAGUAGCUGAUUGUAUUGUUAAACUUACAGCAAUGAGUUCAGGAAACACAAUGUGUUUGAUUCAAAUUGCACACUUUGUUUUUCAAACAGCUGUAACAUAGUCUAUGUGUAAAUAUUGCCAUUGCUGAAGAAGUGCUUGUAAGUUGUUUUUUUUGCAUAUAAAUAUAUAACAGGCUUUUCAAGUAGGUUUGAUGGUGCCACGAGGCUGCACAUAAAGCACUCGGGUCAUUCCAAAGUUGUAAAUGUAUUUGCUGUACAGAGGAAGCGUGUGAGUGUUUGCUUCUCCCAAGGAAAAGGGGGCUCUGGGCCCCUUGGGAAAGUCAGCAGCUUGCCCCCAGAAUGGCACCAGCCUGAGAGGUCCAUCAGCAUGUUGCUUCAGCAGCUGCCUUCGUGUCUAGAAGCAGUGUGUGAUGCCUCUGCAGCUGCUCAGGCUCCAGGGACAUGGAUGGGGCUGAGGCACAGUCGUCCCGCAAGGGCAGCGCCAGGAGAGGCAGAGGGCAGGAUGCCCAGGGCAGGAUGCCCACCUCUGCUCCAAGGGACACUCGACAUGAGCAACGUCCCAGCUACAGAUCAAAGCAAUAGUCACCUUGGUGUCAUGUCUAAUACCACAGACCUUAUCUCUGCCACUCUUGCACAUCACUGGAGCCGUGGAAACACUCCCCAGACAUCCCUCGGGGACUGUGCUGCACCUGAUGAAACGUGAAGCCCUUGUUUGCCGAUGCCUCUGAUGGUCAGUAACCCAAGGACCCAAAGGAUCGUGUUCCCAGGCUGCCCAGCAUGCAGUGCAGGCUCCUGCCUUGGUGAAGCAGAACUUGAGGCUGCAUGGAAUGUAUUUUUAAGAGAAUAAAUCUAUUUUUUGUAUUUGCAGACAUCUAUUUGGGGCAGCUUAGUUAGGAAACAAAUCAUGCAAGAAUGUCAUAAUCACAGACUCAGCCAAGUGAAGCAGAUUUGCUGGGGUUACAGUAUUGCCUAUUUCCCUGAAACAAACUUUGGUCCAACAGAGCUAUCAGCACUGUUCCACCCUCAGAACUCUCCCUUUCUCAGCAUGCUCAAGUCGAGGGAAGCCAGAUCUUUCCUCCCCAGGCUGCCCAUGCAGUGGAUACAGAUGGUGCUUACUUCCUUCCAGUUACACAGUGCUCUUAAGUCUGCAUGCCAAAUGUAAGCACACACUUUACCUGCAUGUCGCUCCUGACUCAAACACUGUCAAGCUCUACAGUAUAUAACCAAUAAAAGUUCUC